AUGAAAUACUUUCUUCACCAAGAUCUGUCGGGUAAAGUGUUCGUCUUCUCCAAGGAGAGCAACAGUGAUCACGUCAAACUCCUCACAGAUCAAACCACGUUCAGUUCUGUGACCGUCUGUCUCAGAUUCCUCACAGAUCUCAAAAGGAACUACGGCCUCUUCUCUUUGUCUACUCCAACACACCUCAAUGACUUUGUGCUCUUUAAGAUCGAUUCAGAGGAUGUGAUCAGGAUACAUGCCCGGGACGGCGCAACAGACUUCCUGUCGCUGUCAUUUCCUCCAAACACGUGGCCCUCCAUGUGUUCCACCUAGCAGUCUGACAAUGGCUUGGCUCAGCUGUGGGUGGACGGCCUGCCAACCAUCAAGAGAUACAUCAAAUCUGGACAGUCCAUCACAGGAGAGCCCAUCACAGGAGAGCCCAUCACCAUCCUGGGUCAAGAACAGGACAGCUAUGACGGGGGCUUUGAUGCAAAUCAGUCUUUUGUUGGUAUGAUUUCAAAACUCCACAUGUGGAACCACGUCCUUACUAACUACUAUAUGAGAGGCAGUCACUUCACCCCAGGCAUGUGUUCAACUGGGGGGUCUCUGGAUUAUGAAAUCUCAGGGCAGGUUUAUGUGGAAGAUGACCAACAUAAUAUGUAA